UAAAUACUACUCUAAUAUCAACUCUUUGGUCACAGUUUUUACCAUCAUUUCGAUGGCUAUUAUAAUACCGGUGUUUAUGAAGAAAUUGAAAGUUCGAGACAUGCUUUUAGCCAUCAUAGGAGUGGUAUCCCUAUUACUUCAAUGUCUUUUGCGUGGUUCGUGGCAACGACCAGCCGGUCUAUACAUGUCUUUCGUUGCGGGUAUGUUUGCUCCCAUUUCCAUGAUAGCCAUCCGUUCCCGUCUGUCAAAGAUCAUCCACGAGGACGAGACGGGCAAAGUGUUCAGUUUGAUGGCAACCGUCGAGUCAAUUAUGCCAUCCUUGGCCUCAGUCUACUACUCAAGCAUUUUCGCGGCCAGUAUUGACACCUACCCGGGACUGGCCUUUCAAAUCGCCGCUUUUAUUUUUUUAGUCAAACUUUUGUCGCAAUCCAUUUACCGGACAGCCCAACUGUUGAAGGACUGGUCCAACACUUAUUGGACGCAAAACAACAUAUUUAUCGCAGUCUUCAUAUUCACGUGGAUUUCACUCCUUUGGGACAUCUAUUUGUCGUUAAGACAGUACAACAUAUACCGCACCACAAGACAAGUGCCCAAAGAAUUGCGUCCAGAGUUUGAUUCGAAGACAUUCAACACAUGUAUUGAAUAUAACAGUCUUCGGCUGAGGUUCGGGUUUGUGGCCGACGUUUACCACCAAAUAUUGACAGCUAUUGUCCUCUGGUUUGAUGUCAUUCCUCUCGUGUGGCGUAUUUGUGGUCGACUUCUUGUGGGACUCAACUUCGCGGCCAAUAAUGAACUCAUUCAUAGCAUACUGUUUGUGAUGAUUGGGAGCCUAUUGUCCGCAAUCAGUGGUCUACCGAUCAGUCUUUACCGCACUUUUGUUGUC